AUGCACUUCUCCAGCCAGCUGCUCCUGGCUCUGGCCUUCACUAUUACUGCAUACGCAGCUCCAGCCGCCUUUCCCGAGGCGGACGCCACCAAUUCAGUGUUCUAUGCAGCGUUCCAGGGGCAAAACCCAGGCGGUGGGGUGACAGGGUGUACCGGAGCGAACCUCGGGACUGUGCAAGCAAGCGGUUCAGGCACCAGUGCCUGCAAAACUGUUGGUGAAGGGGCCUGUGUAACGCUCACCGGACACCAAGGUGAUGCUACGAAGUGCAAAGUCCUCACAUACUCCGACUCUCAAUGCAUGGAUGAUGAGGACUCCACCCUAUUUGGCAACAACGGUGACUACGCAAACGAGAAUUUCGCCUCUUUCAAAGCCAAGUGUGGCUAA